AUUUUAGUGUUCACAUUCACCUCUUCUAGCCCAUGCUAAUGGAAUUCAAGAUUACAGAUAAGGCGUGAGGCCACCACACGCCAGUACCUACACUUUAAUCUCAACCGUCCACGUGUCUCUCCUUUCAACGGCUCAUAAAAACCCGUAUCCUAUUUGUUCUCUCGUGAACCCUUGGCUCCUCCUUUUAAAUUUCAACCUUCAGCUUCAGUCUCUCACCUCAUCAAAAACACACACAUUUUCACCUUUUGAUUCGUCAACAAUGUCGAUGAAUACAGCCAUUUCAUCAUCAUCUAGGGUUCUGUUGAAGAAACCAGAUAUAGAUCUGGAUUCGGUGCCCAAAAACACCAUUGGUUCUGUCAAAAUUCCGUGUUUUUCAUCGUCGCCAUCCUCUGUUUUGAGCUUGAUGUCAAAGGUGAGAAGAGGAGCCGUUCAUUGUGCUUCGAUGGUGGAGGAAAAGAGUCCGGUGUUGAGUAGUGGGGUGCUGUUUCAGCCGUUUGAAGAAGUGAAGAAGGAGGAGUUCUUAGUCCCGAUAUCUCCUCAGGCCUCACUUGCACGUCAAAACUAUUUCGAUGAUUGUGAAGCUGCCAUUAACGAGCAAAUCAAUGUUGAAUACAAUGUCUCCUACGUCUACCACGCUCUGUAUGCAUACUUUGAUCGAGACAAUGUAGCCAUGAAAGGCUUUGCCAAAUUCUUCAAGGAAUCAAGUGAUGAAGAAAGAGAACAUGCAGAAAAGUUAAUGAAAUAUCAGAAUAUGCGUGGUGGAAGAGUAAACUUGCAUACCAUAGUUGGGCCCCCUUCAGAGUUUGAACAUGAAGAAAAGGGAGAUGCUUUAUAUGCAAUGGAGCUAGCAUUAUCCUUGGAGAAACUAGUCAAUGAAAAACUCCUUUCUUUGCAUAGGGUGGCGGAUACAAACAAUGAUCCACAACUGGCAGAUUUCAUUGAGAGUGAAUUUCUAGCUGAACAGGUUGAAGCAAUAAAGAAGAUUUCAGACUAUGUGUCUCAAUUGAGAAGAGUUGGAAAAGGCCAUGGGGUGUGGCAUUUCAAUCAGAUGCUUCUUGAGGAGGGUGUUUGAUUGUACCUUUAGCAUAAUAAGUUGUACUUUGUUGAGGAUUCUGUGGUGUUUUGUGUGGUUUUAUCGUUAAUAUUUGUGGUUGUAGUACUUAUGGCAGUUUUUUUAUAUAAGUUAGAAACUUUAUGCACUAUUAAUUAAGGUUUUAAGAAUUUUGUACGCAAUUUUUCACAUCUUUUUUAUGGAAACUUUAUAAAAUAAAUUUUUAUAAAUUGAUAACCAGUUAAAUUAUUUAAGAUACAUUAUAGAGUUUGUACAUAUGCUUUCAAAAUGCAUGUUGUAUGCAAUCUGGGGAACUGAGUUGGAAUCAUAUGAAAGGUGUGUUUGGAAUGAGCUUUGAAUUUAAGUGUUUAGGUUUUUUUUAAAAGAAAAAAAAACAACAAAAAGUCGAAAUAAAGGUAAAGCUUUGUUUGAGCUAUGGAUAGUUCAUGGUUGUUGGCACCAAACAAACGCCAAAGUAAAUCAGAUAUACAUUCCAUGCGUGAAGAAAAAAUGAAUAACUCAAGCUUGUAUAAAUUGUCAAGUAGUUAGUUUGAAUUAUGGUUUUUAUGAAGAUUUGCAUGUAUUAUGGUCUGUGGAUGAAAGGAGUAAAGAUAAUUGGUAUUUCUAAUCAUAUUUUCAUUUCUUCUUAUUGUACUGGAAAUUUUUAUCUAAUUAGAAUUUUACUGUCAAAAAAUUUAUUUUGGAUUUUCUUUUAAAAUUGUUGAAAAUAUUAGGAUUUUAGUG